AUGCAAGAGUGUCGGGAAAGGAAAACUCUUCUCCCAUCGGGAGAAUCGAUCUCUUCUUCUUCUUCUUCUUCUUCUUCUUCUUCUUCUUCUUCUUUCUUUCUUUUUUCUUACUUUCAUUCUGUCUUCGUUUUCCAUUCGAUCUUCUUUCAUUUCGUUCUUUUUUCUUCUUAUCUUCUUCUUCUUUUCUUUCUUUUCUUUCUUACUUUCAUUCUGUCUUCGUUUUCCCAUUCGGUCUUCUUCUUCUUCUUCUUCUUCUUCUUCUUCUUCUUCUUCUUCUUCUUCUUCUUCUUCUCUUCUCUUUCUUUUCUUUCUUACUUUCAUUCUGUCUUCGUUUUCCCAUUCGGUCUUCUUCUCAUUCGUUCUUCUUCUUCUUCUUCUUCUUCUUCUUCUUCUUCUUCUUCUUCUUCUUCUUCUUCUUUCUUUCUUUUUUCAUUCUGUCUUCGUUUUCCCAUUCGUCUUCUUCUUCUUCUUCUUCUUCUUCUUCUUCUUCUUCUUCUUCUUCCAGUUCCAUUUCAUUUUUCACCUUCUUCUUCUUUCAAAAUUUCAUUAGAAAACUCUUCUCCCACAUCGGGAGAAUCGAUCUCUUCUUCUUCUUCUUCUUCUUCUUCUUCUUCUUCUUCUUCUUCUUCUUCUUUAUCCGCCUAUUUUUCUUCCUCUUUGUUCUUUUUUCUUCUAUAUUCUCCACUUCUUUUAUUUCUUAUUUUGAACAUUCGAUCCUCUUCUUCUUUUAAUACUACUACCACCUAUUCACCUAUUCUUCACUCACCACUACAUUUACCUUUUCUUCCUCCCCCUGAACAUCAUCUAAUCAUAAUUUUUCCCUCAUUUGCUCUCUUUUUUUACCUUUUCUUCUAUCUCUCCUCUCUCUCUCUCUCUCUCUCUCUCUCUCUCUCUCUCUCUCUCUCUCUCUCUCUCUCUUUCUCUUUUCGUCUCUCUGUUUUUAUUUGUUCAAUCUGUUCCAAACGAUUUCUCCUCGUUAUUCUUCAGUCACAGUUGUUACUAAAAAUAAAUGAUCUGUAUGUCUCUCUCCUUCUUUCUCUCUCCCUCUCUCUCUUUGUCUUUCUCGUUCACCCUUUUUCUCUCUCUUACCUCUCUGCCAUUCUCUUUCUAUCUUUUUCCCUCUGUUUCUUUCUCUCUUUCUCUUUGCUUUCUCUCUCACUCUUUGUCUUUCUCGUUCACCCUUUUUCUCUCUCUUACCUCUCUGCCAUUCUCUUUCUAUCUUUUUCCCUCUGUUUCUUUCUCUCUUUCUCUUUGCUUUCUCUCUCACUCUUUGUCUUUCUCGUUCACCCUUUUUCUCUCUCUUACCUCUCUGCCAUUCUCUUUCUGUCUUUUUCCCUCUGUUUCUUUCUCUCUUUCUCUUUGCUUUCUCUCUCACUCUUUUCCUCUUUCUAUCUCAUUCUCUCUGUUUCUUUAUCGCCUUCUCUCACUUUCUCUGUUCAUUCUCUCUUUCUUCCUCUUUGUCUUUCUCGUUCUCCCUUUUCUCUCUCUUAUCUCUCUUUCUUUCUCUUUCUCUCUCUGUUCUUCUUCGUCUUUCGCAUUCACCCUUUUUCUUUGUCCUAUCUCUCUCUUUCUGUAACUAUUUCUUUCUCGCUGUUUCUUUCUCGCCUUCUCCCUCUUUCUUGCGCUCUCUCGUCCUCUUCCUCUUCCUCGUUCUUCCAUUUUCUCUCUCUUAUCUCUCUGUCUUUCUCUUUUUAUUUUGCUCUCUGUUUCUUUCUCGCCUUCUCCCUCUUUCACGUUGCUUUCGCUUUCCUUUCUCUUUCUUCCUUUCUCUCUCUCUUCCUUUCUCUCUCUCUCAUUUCUUCUUGA